AUGACAAAAGUAUUUCAAAGCUUAUUCGAAUGUGGAGAGCCAUUUCCGACAUCAUCAAAGUUAUUUAAAGAAAAUAAUGUCCUUACUUUAACAAAUGACGCAAUAAUUAAGCACAAAAACUUUUUUGACAUUUUAUACUUAAAAGCAAGUUCAUCAAUGAUGGCAGAUAACUUCACAAAAUUAGCGAAUAUUACAGAAAGCUUCCCAGAAGUAAAUUCUUGGAUCUUAUUAUCGAAAUACGAAGAAUUAGCAACAGACAAACCUCAUUUCGAAGCAUUAAGUAGCCAAUAUGGCAACAAUGAGAUGUGUAACAGUAUUUUUGAGAGAUUUACAAACGAUGCUCAGUUAAUUAAUCAAUUAACCUUAAAUCUUGGAAUAAAAAUCUCAACAGACGAUUUAGCAAACAAAUCAAUACCACACUUUUUGAUGCCGAUCAUCAGUACUAUAGAAACAGAGGUUUUAGACUCAUUUAUGCAAAAUAAAUUAUUUGUAUUAGCAGAUAACGACAGAGAACGUGAUAUUUCAAUAUUAUAUGCAUACAGAUGUUACGAAUCUGUCUUAGAUAAGUUCGAUCCCGUGAAAUUAAAUGAAUAUCUUUCCAAAAUUAGGGAUCCUGAAGUAAUUAGAUGCUUGACAGUCGACUUGUUCUCAUUAUUAUUCCUUCCUCAGCUCGAUUUCUCCCUAGAAGAUGCAAAAUUGUUGAUAACCGCGAUUAUGCCAUUUGCAUCUUCACAAGAAUACGAUGCCAUAUCAAGAGGACUCUCCAGAUUGAUGUUUGGUCAACACUUGGGCUUUACUAAGUUCAAAGAAUGUCUGUAUUCGCAGGAAGAAGCUUUAGUAAAAUGCUUAUCGCAAAAAAUGUUCGAAUUAUGCGAGAAAACUGUUCAGGGCAAUGCAAAACUUGUUGAAUUAUGCCAAGCCGCUCAAGCUUUGGAUGUUUUACGUACAAAUUCAACAGUUUCCUUAAAAAUACCAAACAAAACUUUUGAAUUGGAGAAAAAUUUUUCAUAUAUGGUCACUUCACCUUCAUUCAAAUCUGAUAUUCCUGGACUUAAUAAGAUCUUUGAAAGCAGGAAAAACAAAACGCCAUUGCAAAUACUUGCUCCUGUUGAUACUACACAAAAUAUUAAUGAUUUGAUGAAACUCAUACAAAAUGCGAUGGAAGAUUACACUUUAAUUGAUCAGAUUCCUGUCAAUUACAACUUGUUACAUCAAUAUCUGUCAAUGGAAGCCAUGUUACACCAGAAGAACUACAAAUCACCCGCACAAAUCAUCCAAGAAUUGAAAAAUUCAACUGAAAUUUCAAAAAUUUUGGGUCCAAACUCAAUUGAAAGGAUUUUGGCAACAAAGAACUCAAUAGACUUGUUGCCAAUCAUGGAGAAAGAAUAUCCUCUCGUUGCACAAUGCAUCAAACUCAUAAAUAAUCCAAGAAAAAUAUCAGAAAAUGAAGUGGAAAUUUUGAAUAGUUUACAAUCCGAAAUUUGUGAAGAAGAUUUUGUCAAAGAAGUCAAAGAAGCGUUAAAUAAUAAUGAUAUAGAUAAACUGAUUGAUCUAAGACUGAAAAACACUAAAAUAUUUGAUAGUUUGACAGUUGAUGUCAAAUUGUCAGAUUUUAUUCAAAUUUAUCCAGAAAAAUCAUCAUUAAAUGUUGUCAAAGUUGCCGAAUUAGGUAUAGAGAAGAAAGACACUAAAGGAAUCAUUGACGAACUCUUGAACAAACAAGAAUUUUUGCUUGGAAAGAGAUUUGCAAAAGAAUUUUAUGAAUUGGAUUAUUUCAUAGAAAAAAUGACAUUAUUCAUUCAAAAAGAUCCAUUUUGUCUCAAAAAAUAUGGUGAAUUCAGUGUCGAAAUCUUGAAUCUUUUGCCUUCAGAUGUUUGCACGAAAACAGUUAAGAACGCAACAUUUGAUUUGGACAUAGAGAAUACAUCAAUAGAAAGCUUAGCACAGAAACUAAAUCUUGUUGAUAUCGAUGAAGACUUAUAUGACAAAAUCAAGGAAGAAAUCGAAAAAGAUAAAUUAAAUCUGACAGAAAAAGUGGAAUUGAAUAAAUUCAAAUUCAAAGAAGUUAUUGUUGAUGUUUUGAGUAUAGAGAAAUCAUUGGAAAGAAUUAAUCUAUUUAAGAAGAAACAGAAUAUUACUAAACUAUUCUGUGAACUACUUCUCAAUGAUGUUUCAAAACUGGAAUUCGAUUCAGUAGAAAGUGAAAAUGAAGUCAUAAAAAUUAUGACAAAAAUUUCCAGAAUUUUGAAUAAAAUCAAAAGUGAAGUGAGCAAAAGUGAACUUUUCCUAUACGAAACUGAAUGUUCACAAGUCAAUUCAUUGACAAAACUCUUCCGCGAGAAUAUUUUAUUCGGAAGAUAUUCUAUUCCUGUUGAUUUAAGUUAUUUCAACUCUUUGGCUUUUGUUGAUGAUUUAUCUUUGAAAUGCUGCCUCAAAGACGUUGAUAUUGUUGAUGAAAUAAAAGGACCAUGGAAGUUCUCCAGUUCUAUUGCUUUGUUAUCUAAAGCAAUAAUAUCUUUCUUGAUGGGAGAUGACAAACUGUCAAGAGAUUCAAUACAAAGAGAAAAAAUUUUGGGCGGCCACUUAAAACCGUUGGGUUUACAAAUGGCGGUUAGAGAUUUAAGUUAUCCAUAUUUAUACUUCUUAACAAGGACUCAAAACAGUGAUCCAUAUCUUUCCAUGUUGCUUGGCUCGAACACACAAUUACUUGUAAGUUGCAAAGAUAAAAAAGUGAAAUGUAAAAUGCCAAAUGGAAAUCAAAUCCACGGAGUUGCUGUUCGAAGUAUUCAUGAAAGAGUUAGAGCUAUUUUGGAUGGAUUAGACUUCAGUUUGCAGCUAAAUGAACAAGCGAUAUUCCUUAAUGAUAUCAUCAAAGUUUUCUUUGGUCCAAUAGAAUACAGCACUUUUUGUUCGAGUUGUGGAAUGUUUGAAUCAUCAAUAACAAGUUAUAACGAAAUUCCAAGUUCCCAAAAAGGUCUUCAAAUGACAAUGAGAACUAUUUUCGUCCCAGCAAUUGCUAAUUUGCAAUGGAAGAAGUUGUUGAGAUAUGUUGACGAACUUUCCAAAGUUAUAAAUGUUGAACAAGUCGCUGAUUUCUUUUGGCAGAAAGGAAUGGAAGAUUUGUCAUUGUCUUUAUUAAUUAAAUUGAAGAAAUAUGAGAAAGCAUUGAACUAUAAAAUGCAGAUACUUCCUACAAGAGAGAGUUGGUCUAAAAAGCUUGAAGACCUUAAAUUCAUUGUUGAUACUGUUGUUUCUGAAAUUCAUGAAAGAUCAAAUAAGAAACAAAGCAAUGAAGAGGAUUCCGAUAAAUCUAUGACUAAUUCUCAAUUGAUGAAGAUGUCCAGUGUUGCAGGUAUUGAACAUCAGUUCAUUCAGAUGUGUAUUGAUGAAAAUAUUCCGUUCAAAAACCUGGAUUUGAUUGGCGGAAAAAGAAGCGAUGCAUUAUUAAUGUGUAUUUUGUCUUUGAUUAAUGGAAGAUUCAAUGUUUGUGUUGGAAUAAGCGAUUGCUACCAAGGAUUGAUGGAAGAUGCUUGUGAUUCUGCUGUAGAUAGAAUUAGCGAUUUCGGAAGACAUCCUGAGAAAAUCCCUCAGUUCUUAGAAUUCCUUUAUAAUAGAGCUGAUAAUAAAACUUACCAUAGAAUUGCAAAGGCUUUCGUGUUGAAGGUUGCCUCGAGAGCUGCUGAUUUGCAGACAAUGGUUAAGUUCAUUAAAACACAUGUUAAAACUGUUUCUCUACAAGUUGAACUUCUAUUGAAGUUGAAUUUUGCUGGAGAGGCACUGAGAAUCGCUGAAAAAGAUGAUAAUUUAGAUAUUGCCAAAGUUAUUGAAUAUGCAGAACAAAAUGGAGAAGAAAUGCUACUUAACGCUGCUCAAAGAAUCAGAAGAAGAAAUUGA